UAUUUGAAAAGUAGAUAGACAAAAGCAGUUUGAAUAAAAAGUUAAACUAUCCGUGCAGAAAACGGGGCAUAGCCUUACUACCGUAAAUUAAUCCCGGUUAGUGAUCUGUUUGGUACUUUACAGCCUAAGUAGCAUGCAGAACGGCUGAAACCGGAGCCCCUUAAUUACGACCAAAGCAGUUUUCGCUAUCAAUGAUAAGUAGAAAUUGGUUUAAAAUUGCUUAGCAGUUGUAGUGCCAAUGCAGAGAGUAGUUUUAAGUACGGCAGUUUACAUACCGCGCAUAUGAAUGAAAUAGAAAUUCAAACAGUGCUUUUAGGACUCCUUUUCGUCUACUGUCUGGCAAUUCCAUUCGAAUCCCUUAGGUUUUUUUUUGUAUAUUUUCAGAAUGCGUUGUUUACAAGAAAUUAAGAAAACCUAUCCCCGUAUUUGGAUUGCUAAUAUUCUUCCAACCUAGUACCUUUGUUUUCAACCACUGCUCGCAUCUAUUAAACGGCUGUUGAAGUAUUACUUUUUCCAGUACCCUAGAUAUAAGGCAGAAAAGUAAUGAGCGAAGAUAUAAUCCAUUGAAGGAAUGAAAUCUGGGAGCGCAGCGCAACUUUUCUUCAUGUUUCGCUAUAACGUGUGUUUCAGAUCUUACGAAAGUACCGAUUUUAUGAUCCUCCGAGGUUUUAGGAACAGUAUCUGUGAUCAUAACAACUUACCUAAGUUUGUAUCAAGCUAAAAGCUUUGCUCGUAAUAUUUAUUUAAGACUUAGUUUAGAACCUUUACAACAUUUUCAUCGUUGCCUAGUCCGAGUGCUUCUCAUCUGCCAUAAUUUAUUAGGUUAAAUUUAAACACGACAUGCAAUUAAGACUAGUCAACCGUGUUUCCAAAAUAGCGGUGCAUUCGUAAAGCAAUCUCUAUCCAACGGUUAAUUUACAGAUGCGAUGAGGUGCAUUCCAUGCAUCAUACGGUGCAUCCAUCGAUAGUUGCACCCGAUCAAGCAGUUGCAAAAUCUAGGGUUUAUCAACUUAUUUGCUGAAACAAAAUCGUCGUAGCAUCUUAAACUGAGGAGUUAUGAAUGAAGGUAGCGUUAUUGAACAGUAUAGAAUGUUACUUGCAUACUCGUUUGGUUAGUUUUGUUGUUUUUUUUUAUCUAUUAUCAACAGCGUUCCUUGCACUUCGUUUUUAAUUACUUCUUUAGUGUCUAUUUUCGAAGCUUAUUGGAAUAAUAGUAUACCACAUGAUUUUCGAAGCAUAUCCAUUUUCACCAUAAGAAAUGCAUAACUGUACCAUUCAGUGUGAUAUUAUAUGCUUUGCGCAUUUGAAUUUGUUUCUAUCCUUCAUCUCCUUUUAUGUAUGUAUCAUGCCGGACGAAAUUCAAGUUCAUUUCAGGGGUACUAAUGUCCUUUAUGCGUGAUGCUAAUGUAGGCCGAAGUGCAAUACCACGGUAUCAAAAUAGAAGCUAGAAAUAAUGAAAUCAUAGUUUUCCUAUGCCGUCACAGGUGUGCGUUCCAAUUACAUUAUGCAAACUAAUACGUCGAGGAUUCAGAACGAUGCUGUAUUGACCAAACACGAAACAUAGUGAAUAGUAAGCAUGAAUUUACAUCACAAAAUGCUUUCACGAAGCAAUUUUGUUUAUUUCAAUAUCGUAUUGCCUGUUUUCGCCGCAUUUUAAAUUAUUUCUUCCCGCGUUAGUGCUUUUUGCUUCCUGAAUACGUUAGACGUUGAAAGCAACAAUAAAAACAGAAAAAUGUAUAGGAAACAACAUAUUAUAAAACAGUUGCGGCUUCUAUUCGUACUCUACACAUCUAAGAAAUUGUCCAAAACCACUUUUUCAAGUUAUAUGUUAAACGUGAACAAUGCGUAAUCUACCUAUUUAUCUGACAGACUUAUGUUAGUGAGUUUAGGGAAAAAAUAAUAAAAAACAACUAAAAAGCUGUAGGAAAACUUCCAUUGAAAUAAAGCAAUAUUAUAUACAAAGGAUCAAUAU